GUCAGGUGUGAGGCCAGCUCGAGCAGCUGGACUAAUUUGUCCCUAGCAGCCGGCUGCCUGCCACUUCCUCCUCUCCCACCCUUAUUUGGAGCCCCUGACAGCUGAGCCGCAAACCAACUGGGCGUCCGAACCGUCACCCUCUGCUUCCCGGCAUGGGUCCCGUUGCCCAGGAGAAAGAAGCUGGAGGCAUCGCUGCGAGAUAACCAAGGACUCUUUUUUGCUCUUCUCACACCUUUGAAGUGGGAACCUCUUGAGGCAAAUCAACAAGAAUGUGGCUCUUGCAGCCUAGGUUCCCGGGGCUUGCGGGGGCUGCUCAAGGUGGAGGGCUGUGAAGGGCUCUGCUGGACCGAUAACUUUAAAAGGGCAUCUUCUGCUGGCUCCUCACUCGGCUGCUUUAUCGCCGCAAGUGACAGAAUGGGGAGGGUUCUGUCCCUCUUGCGCUCUUGGAGGGCCGGGGGGCUAUAAAAAGGGGAGGCGCAGGGCAGCUGGGAGACGGAGACGAACGAAGGUCGUAGAGGGAAGCCAGAGAGGAGAGAGAAAGGGCAGCACGCAGCAGACCGCUCCUGGACCGACGCCGGCAUGGGCUCCUUCCUCACCAUCACCGCGAGCUUCCUCCUCUUUCUGGCCCUUCAGCUCCCAGGACAAAGCAGAGCUAACCCAGUGUACGGCUCUGUGUCCAACACUGACCUGAUGGAUUUCAAGAAUUUGCUGGACCACUUGGAGGACAAGAUGCCUAUAGAAGAUGAGGUCGUGCCCCCACAAGUACUCAGUGAGCAGACUGAGGAAGCUGGGGCAGCGCUCAGCCCCCUCCCUGAGGUGCCUCCCUGGACUGGGGAGGUCAACCCGGCCCAGAGAGAGGGGGGUGCCCUUGGGCGGGGCCCCUGGGACUCCUCGGAUAGAUCUGCCCUCCUGAAAAACAAGCUGAGGGCGCUGCUCGCUGCCCCGCGGAGCCUGCGGAGGUCCAGCUGCUUUGGGGGCAGGAUAGACAGGAUUGGAGCACAGAGUGGACUGGGCUGCAACAGCUUCCGGUACCGAAGAUAAUAGCCAGGCCAGGGCAGGAUUCGAGAGGCCCACAUCCCCUGGCGUCUUUCGCUCAACUUUUGUCGCAUCUCCUUGCCAUCGAGUUGAGUUGUGAUGAGCACCCUGUUCGAGCUGCAGCUGCCUGUAAACAUUUCUCACCUUUUAUGCUAAAUGUAGAUAAAGUGGCUUCCCCGCCUCUCCCACCUCGUGCAUUAAAAUUGUAAGGUAAACCCUCACCUGUGAUUGACAGAGGUUUGAAAACGAAUAAACUUCAGCACCACGGACAGAA